AUGGAGUCCAAGUACCAACCUAUCUCUUAUGACGACGUGCCGCUUGUCGACGAGAAAGCGCCUCUCGCUUCACCAACAGAACGAUACAUCUUUGUCCCAAACCACUUCGCGCGUUAUUCACAGCGCCCUUGGUUUGUCUGGGCGUGUCAUGGAAUCUUACUUUCUCUUUCCCUCACAUUGUUUGUGUCGUCAUUAUUACUGCGCGCGGAAUCACUUUCCAACAGCGGCCAGAGAAUACCGACGUAUCCUUACUCGCCGGCUGAGUCAGUCGCUGGCUUCCACAGCGUCCGCUACAACAUCACACCAACCACCGAAGAAACCGAGUUCAUCGGCUAUGGCCCUGAAGUCGACAAGGCAUGGGAGCAUAUCACAUACGAUGUCGGCGACCAGAUGAUUACACGCGAAGAGCUCGAUAACCUUGGUCUUGAUCCCUCCUCACUCACGAUCAAGAAUCCCAAGACAGGGAAGAAAGGCUACCGUGUUGGGAUGCAGGUCUUCCAUCAACUACACUGCCUCAACUUGCUCAGACAAUCUACAUACCGAGAAUAUUAUUCGCAUACUGGAGGAGAUAUUGAUGUUGACCACGAGGACUUGAGAGGACAUUUGGACCACUGCAUUGAGUUCUUGAGAACCAACUUGAUGUGUCAGAGUGACACUGGUGUCUUUGCAUUCAAGUACUAUGAUGGGUUUGAAGGACAUUGGCCAGACUUCAGCACGCCGCACACAUGCCGAAACUUUGAUGCCAUUCGUGAGUGGGCGUUUGAGCAUGCAGUCGUCUUUGGUGAUGAGCAGUAG